GUCACCUGACUCUUAUUUUAGGGUGUUUUCUGGGUUGCAAGUGAUUGGAAAUUGGGUGGUUCUGUCUACAAAUUUUAGCUUAUCGUUCCAAAUCCCAACUGUUUUAAGGUUUUAGAGGAGAAAUAAUAAUUCGAAGAUGAAGGGUGCGUUGCUGUGGCUUUUCUCCGUAUUCAUCUCAGUGUUUGGAGCUGGCGAAGUGCUUUUCCUUCACUCUCCAGAUUCCAUUGAAUUCCGAGGUCACGAGCAGUUCAAGCUCAGCUUACUGUCAGAUGUGUUGGCUAGGAUACAAGGCUUCUCAGUCCGGCAGACAAGUGACUGGUCCGGAAUGUCAGUGAUAACUCCAUUUAAGUUUGCGGAAGCAGCUGUGUGUGUGGUGUUGCCGGGCAUAUCUGGAAUUGACAGCGAUCAGGGACACCGUUUUAGCCUGGAAACGGAUGAGCCACUUGAUGAGACUUGGCACAAGAUGUUCAUGAAUGUAGAACUCCGCUUUGCCGGUCAAAAUCAGACUUUCAGCAAAGUUACCCUUGGUGAUGAAGAUGAGUUUCAGGUUGAAGAAUCCGAGAAGCUUUUUGCCGAUCUAACACCUGCGAAAAGUGUUGACUACAAACUGAAGUACCUGAAUCCUGAUGUAGAGGUAGACCAAGCAUUUCUCAACCAAGUUAAAUACCUGAAAGCCAUUCCGAAUACAGUAACAGAAAAAAUAAGUCCAAACGGAGUCCCGGAUAUUUUCUGGAUCGUUGUCCCCGGCCUGCACCCUCUGGCUGACAAAUAUGGUUCUGAAUCCAAACCUGUCCAUGAAGCCAAGCGAUUGUUAGCUGAUGUGUUGGUGCAAAUAACAGAUGUAUUCGAAGAAAUUUACAGCGGGAAGGUUGCUGUGGCAACUGUCAUGAGUGAUGCAGCUCAUACAAGACGAUACAGGCGUGAUGCUCCCAAUGCCUUAACAGAUUUUGACCUAGGAGAAGAUGAUUACAGUGACGAUUUUCCAGCAAUAUUCAACAUCUUUUUGUGGCUUUCCUUAGCAUUCAUUUUCUCGCUAAUUGCUGUUGCAAUUUCCAUCAUCGAAAUGGAUCCAGGCCGAGAUUCAAUUAUUUACCGAAUGACAAGCAACCGCAUGAAGAAAGACAAUUAAACUCAACAGCUUUGAAAAUCUAACAACUUCAAGACAUCUUCUUCAUCAUAACAACUUCAGAAAGGAAUUCUUUAGCGUUCUGGCUGACUUUUAAUCCAAGUCAUAAUCAUUGUUUUUUGAACUUGUCGUCAGCACCAAAAUAUCGCCUGUUUGAUAAACAUCAGAGCAUUCAACGAGAUAUGGCUAUCAAAUUUACAUUAUCUUUACAUUCAUACCACAUUUGUUGGAAUUAUAACGUAAAAUUGGAAGUUAUAUCAGAAGAUUCACCAAAAUCUAUGCAAUGCAAUCAGGUGUAAUGCCAAAUAAAAAGUGAAAUGCAAGUGUGAUGAAACCAUAGUCAUCCUUUAAGGUUUUUUUUUACAAGAUACGUGCAGAAAGCAUAGCCAAUGCAGUGAGCUCUUAAUCAUCAAGUUUCACAAAUGUUCUUAACUUCUCGUGAAAAAUUCGAGAAGUCUUCUCAAAAGAAGUAUCCCAACUUAACCUUGUAAGAUAUUUUUUUCAUUUACCUCGUUUUGUCUUUUUAGAAUAUUUCUUUGGGAUAAAUAUGAACAUCGAUUCUUUAAUCUGUUAUGUAGGUUUGUCAAUGUUUUUUUUUUUUUCUCUCUCUCUUUUUUUCUGUAUUUUCAGGUGAAACUUAGGUUGUACAGUUUCAAAUUUAGUUCCCUAAGUGUGUAAAAAUUGUUUGUAAAAACUAUUAUUUAAAAAAUAUUCCGGAAGUUUUUCAAAUGGUGAGGUUUAUAAAUCUGUAAAAUCAGAGACAAGUACCAAAAAUAGUUUCCCUAUCCCCUUGAGAAAUACUCAGAAAUGUUCUUCUAACUUUUAUGUCAGAAAAAAGCACAUAUCGACUGUGAAACUCCCAAAUCAAAUGUCUCAGUUUGCAACGCUUUUAACUUCCGUUCAUAUUUUUUUUUUUUUAAAUGGAAACGUACUCGACAUCAAUUCUUGCAAUUUUCUGUGAUUUUCUUUCACUGAGCGAAAGAAAUUCUGUGAAAACUUCAAGGAAUGAUAUCGAUUAAUGCUUCUUCAAAAAAAUAAAAUGAGUGGAGAGAUUGUGGAACACCGCAAAUGCGAUACAAUGUUUGAUAGUUUCAAUGUCAAUAGGCAGCCAUCAUCUGUUUAAAAUGAGAUUAAGAAUCAAAGGAGAGUUUUUGAAGAGGAUGCAACAAUUUUUGGUGAAUUUAUUUGAUUUUGCGAAGCCACUCAAAGAAAUACAUUUACAAAUAAAACGAAUCAAAUUUUAGCUGAUGGUCCAUUUGCUGUUCUUGACCGAAAUGUUGGCAGCUAUGAAGGCUUUUCUACCAAAAUGUCACGUAACAUCUCAACGUGAAUUCUAAUUUGUAUGAGCUAUUCAGUGGCCAUGGUGCUUCUUUCUUUUUAUUGUGUCUUUACCAUAAAGAAAGUAAGGUUCAUCUCAAAAGAGUCCCAAUAGCUUUGUAAGAGAAUGUAUUGAUGAUCCUACGGAAUGCAUUUGCUCUUUAAACGGUUGGGAAUGGUCCUCACUUCAUCAACUUACCCGGCGGAUACCAUACCAAAAAUAUAAUUUUCACAAAAAAUGUUCUGCGAAAAAAUUCUGAAGGAAAACUUCCGGAAAUUUUAGGUAGAGACAUAAAUAUCCCUGACCUAAAGUUGUGAUACUGUCUUACGUUUUUAGGUUUUUUGUUGAUUUUUAUCCUAGUUUCUUACAUAUUCAAUAAUUCAUCAAACUUAGUUUUCUCAGUUUCUCCUCUUUAAAAUUAUAAUUCAUGUUCAGAACAAACCAACAGUAUUUUAUACUUUUUUUGUUUUUUGUUUUUUUCAAGCCACUGUAAUCUCACAUUGAUUGAGGCGUAACUAAUUUUCAGUUUUUAUUUACUGAAGGCAUUUGAAACAAUGUGAAUACGUAUCUAGACAUGCAUUCCAUAAUUUUUAAUCUGGAAUCUUUUUUCCCUUUACUAGUAUAUACUCCUAUCAAUUCCUUCCUCAUCCUAUUUUUAAAACAGUUUGUUAAUUUUGAUGAUUGUACCUACAUUGUAUAAAAUUCACAAAAAAGAACCUAUGAUUAUAAUUGUUGUUUUAGGAUGUAGAUGAUAUUUAUAUCAUUAAACCCUCAUGUUUUGA